CCAGUCUCCAUCGAUUCACCGUCUGCAAAGGAUGUGCCCACCUCCAUCGGUCGAGGUCGGUGUGUGGCUUAGUAACAAGAGGAGAGCUGUGUCCCCUUGAAUAGGUCUGAGUGUAGUAGUAGUACAACCCCUAGUAGUUGGUAGUGGACUGAAGGAUUACUUUUUCCUUCAAGAGGGGAAAAAAGGGACCAGUUGAAAAUUUCCCGGAAGGAGUUUUCAAAAGUUGGUUAAAAUUCGGUGCUUUUAGUUUUGGGUUUUUCCUGAGUUUGUCAACCUUGUUGGGUGUUGUCCUGGAAGUAGCUGGACUGUGCGGUCGUCUGAAGAAGAGUUUGGAUUAGUCCUGGACGUCCGGGUCCACGGGACCAGCUGCCGCCGAAUCAUCUGCGAAGAUUCCGGGUAUUGAUUUUCGCGGUGGUCAUAACGCGUAGAUUCCCACCUGAUCUUGAAGCCGAGCGGGGACGGCGAAGAAAAUCGUGAAAAGGGUGCGUUUUUCAUCCCCCUGAACUCGGAAGAGAGCUUUCGCGUGACAAGGAUGGCGUGAAAAUUUUCAAGAAAUUUCCAUUUUUAACAGAAGGAUCAUCCCUGGUCAUCGCCACGGUUCAAAGCUGGCAAAGGCUAGAGGGCGCCAACGACGAAGCAACACCGUCGUACUAUUAGGCUUGUAGGCACCUGGUUCUUGUUGGUUCGUUGGUGGGGAACACGACCAACACGGAGCCAAAUUGUUUGCAACAAGCCAUAACCUAUAAUGUUCAGCGCCGGUGUUAGAGGACAUGCCCGAUAUGCAAAUGUUUAAUGUGUUCGUUUUUAGGUGGCGCGGAUUUGGCGUGCAGUGAAUGGCUUAACUGGGGAAGGUGAAUCGAGAACACAGCGGAGAUUACGAGCAGAUAUUCGUGUUUAAUGAUCGUUAGUAGCAGUGACCAGAAGAUCGCAAAACCCUUCCAGAAACCGUGGCUGUGUGGACAAAACUGAAACAAAAAAAAACUAUGAAAACUAGACAUAAGAACCACACAUGGUCAACGAAUUGAUCCAGUUAGUGAAACUUAGAUUAAAAGUGAAGUUCAAAGUAACAAGUUAGAAAAGCAAAAAAAAUGGCCGCCGUAGUGUACGGAAACAGUCCGCGGCACACCAGCCGGCAUCACCACUCCGGAGGGGGUGGAGGCCAAGGCCACAUGGUGUCGACCCAGCACUCGCCCUACCAUCACCACCAGCAGUCGGGCUCGUCCGGCGGUUCGCUGCAGCACCACUCGUCACUGCCCUCGCACCACCAUUCGGCGCCCGGAUCGAUGAUGACGGGGUCGGCGAUGGCCGGCCUCAUCACGCCGCCGACGUCCUACCUGUCCACGUCGACGACCACGAUUUCUUCGGUGUCCCACCAGCAGGCCGCCGCCCUCUACUACCAGCAGCAGCAGGCCCAGGUCCAGGCCCAGCAGCAGGCCAUCCACUACCACAACAUGCGCAACUCGAAGCGCAAGUCCGCCGUGGAGAUGCUCGCCGAAAGCAAACCGUUCUACGUCAAGUCGGAAACGGUGCUGGACCGGCAACAGCAGCUCGGCAUGAGGGUGGGCGGAGGAGGGGUUGGUGUCGUUUGCGGAAGUGGAAUGGGUGGCGGAGGAGGAUCCGGACCAGUUUCUGGAUCAUAUAUGCUGUCUCCAUCGCGGACGUUGCCUCAAGGCUCGCAGCUGCAGUCAACCUCGCACCACCACGCAUCAUCCCAGCAGCAGCAGAUGGUCCAACAGCGGCCAGCUAGCCGCCGUAGCGCGUCCUCCGGGUCGGACCUGCUGCAGACCAAACUGCGCAAGCUUCUAAACACCGACGGCAGCAAAGAGACAAUAAUUCCCUCGGACAUUGCCCUAAAUUCUAAAUACGGUCCACCGCAACCUCUGGAGACCAGCUACAUCCAGCCGCCGAAGAACUACCAGCAACAGCUGACGGUACAUCCGGAACAGCCGAGCGACGUGUCAGUGUUCUUCCCAAGUGCGUUCCUCUCACCGCAAUCCCUGCCACCCCAUCCCGUUGGUGACGAAGAUCUGUAUCUGUACAGCGUCGUGACGGACGACUACCGCACCAUCAGUCCACCGGCGGAGUACGCCGAGAACGCUUCCCCCGAGAAACACAGCAGUCAUAGCCGCUACAACUACCAGCGAUCGUACUCGCACUCGCAGGCCGUGGUGCACCAGGACGAGUCGGACUACUCGCCGACGCAGUCGUACAACAUCAACAGUCACAAGUCACUGCCGGAUCUGCACUCGCAAAUCAGUCGCCAUUCUCCGCACUCGGAAGCGUUGAGUUGCUGUAGCCGCGGCAAUCGCUCGAACCGAUCCGGCAGCUCGUUCAACCGGGACUCGGGGGGUUCGUCCGGGCACUACACUCACCACAGUGAACCGUGCUGCAAGCAACAACAGCAGCAGCAGCUACACCAGCAACAACAGCAGAGUGAUGGACUCAUGGGCGUUGGUGGCGGUGGCGGGGAUUACCGUCGGGACAGCGGAUCAUCCACUCAGCACAGCGGAAAUUCGUACUACGCGUACGGAAUUCCCCCGCUGCGGUACGAUUGCAUCGAGUGCCGCGCCAAGAUCCGCGAGGAAGCCGACUGCCUGCUGAACUUUACCACGCCCGAAGUUCCGGAAGCGUUCCAGGACGACUACAGCGAAAAGCAGAAGCAAAAGUACUACGAAGACGCGCGAGAUCGCAACGCUUCGGCGGCUCGUAAAUACUACAAAAAUCCUGGACCAAUAUCUCCACUGUCGCCGGUAUCGCCACUCUCCCCCCAGGACCAACAGCAGCUCGAUCUGAGUCCUCCGCUGGGAACGUUCAAACGGCAGAAAUGCCUUCGGUUCAAGAAUCGGGGCCGCCAGUCGGCCAUCAGCAAUCCCAACUCGCGCUGCGGUGAUGGUCGAGGUAGUUCCGCCGCAGAUGACGAUCGCCGGCCGAUCCUGCGCUCCAAGAGCGACAUUAGCGAUCGCUACUGGAACCGGAUGUCGGACAAGCAACGCGAACAGCAGAAGCUGCUGGAGAAGCAAAGAUCUCGGUCGGACAGCCUCACCCAGCUGGAGCACUUCUUCGACCGGCUCGGGCUGAACGACGAAACGUACGAACGGUACAUCGCACCAUCCAAGGGUCGCAAGUCUCCGAAUUACCACAGCAAUUCCGGCAGUGACAUCCACCGGCUAUCGGCGGAGGACACCGGCGACUCGGACGAAUCCAGCGCCGUGUUCUUCUCGGACGUCAGCACGAUCGACUCGACGCGCCUACCGGACAGCACUGAAACGAGCAACGAGCCUCAGCCGCUGCUUCCACCACCGUCUUCCCAGCAGCAGCAGCAGCAACAACAACAGGUCCAACAGCAACAGCAGCAGCAGGCCGGAACCGGUGCCGGAGGUGGUCCGCUCAACAGUCUGACCAAUCCGGCCAUGUAUCGGCCGAGCGAACCGCCGUCAAUUAUAGAACGCAACGCACGUAUUAUCAAGUGGCUGUGUAACUGCAAAAAGAUGCAGCUGGCCUAAGAUUGGCCGCUCGGGGCACGACCACAGCCUGCCGAAGGCGUCGUCGUCUCCACCGGGGGAUAUUCUUCAAAACUGACUCGUUUUAGAACGAUUGACCGUGAGGGGGGCCGAACUUACCUGUCUGAGUGGUUUUAACGGGCGUGACGCUAACGCAAAACUACCCAUUUUGCGGCAGCUGUCAAAAUGACACGUCGUUCGCAUCAGUACUCACGAAAUGGGUAGCUCUGCUCUCGCAAAACAGGCACGCCACAGACAAUAGCCAUAGCAACUUCUGGAACCAACAAAGAAUUGACUAACCUGUAAUAACGGAGAGAAAGAGAAAGAAAUCAAACACUAAAUUCUACCACCUACGCGAGUAAUCAAAUUACGCAGAAUGUAAACAAAACGAUAAACAAAUAUUUUACACCAUAAUCACGAACAGAAACAAACGGUAGCCUAGGUCAUCAUGUUGUAGUUGCAUGUAAUGAAAUACAACAUUCAAUAUAUUGCAAAAUCUUAUAAACAGAACAGCGACAAAAUAAAACAUGUCAAUCAAAAUUUAAGCAUAAAACAAGUAGAACACAUACAACCAAAGAAUGAAGUAAUCGUCUCGUUGUUUUAACUGGUUUUAAAACGAUGAAACGCAACUGGAUACAGGAAAAUGAUGGAACGAAAACGAGUCAGGCGUCAGAAUCAAAGUGAAAAUAUGCAAAAAAAACUAAAACUUUAAAAUCGAAUAGUUGUAGAGAGCAAAGCAUUAAAAUGAAAAGUUUUCAAAAAUACUAAAAAAAAUUACGCUAAGAAGUCACACUCUCCACCGUAGUGAACCCCCGAAGUGUCGAAUAGGAACUGAAACCUGAAAAAUAUGAAAUAUAAAAAAAAUACGAAAACUACAAAACGCCUAUCAAAACCCGAACUUACCCGCUCGCGCAUUGGCUUCCGCGAAAGACUAAAAGGUGCAAAGUUGGAAGCGCGAAUAUUUUUAAAGUGUAGUGUUUCUUCCUUUUUAAAUGUAAAUAACAUAAAGUGUCACGUAAAACCCCCUGUGUUAACGCCCAUUUCCAAAGCAUAACCUCUAUAUAAUUCUGUUAUAAUGUUUGCGAAAAUCUAAAAAUUGAGACACAAAAUUCAUUAAACUUUUUGUACAAAAUAACGCUGUUUGAAACAAUUGAUACAAAAUUGCCUAUCCGAAAAAAAUACUUAGCUUUCAACAAAUGAUUUAUUCCAACAAACAAUACAAACACUCAUUUGACAGAAUACACACUGAAAUAAAUUUACACCUUUCUUAACAGCACUUGAUCGAUGGCUAAUAGGUAAAUUAGACAUUUACUUUGAAUUAAAAUCAACAACAGUGUAACAAUUAAAAUUAUAUGAGAACAAUUUAAAAAACACUAUUUUCUAGUCUAAUAUAUUAAUGAUGAAUCAAAUACUUAAUUCAUGCAAGUAUAUUACUACUAUAUGAUAAUGGAUCGAAUUAAUCUUACUUACUAUAGUUGAUAGAACGAAAUUUAAUGAAGAAAAAAAAAUACACAGGAAACAAAAUCAAUACAGCGCUGUUCAAGUUGAAAAACAAUAUUCACAAAAAAAUAAUCUUCACACUAAGAGACGCAUGACUACACCCAAAUAAAGAGAAAAUCACUCAAAUCGAGUCUGUGUUUUUGUUUCAGUUAAUUUCAAACCCCGCUAAAUAUUAAAACCACGCAAACAUACACCGAUCGACAUCAAUUACACAAUGAGCGUGAAACAAUUGCAAAACUAAUCACUGCAAAAUCAAACACUAUAAAAUAACAGUAGAAAAAAAAAGAGAAAAGCUAGCGAUACACCGAAAAACUUAACUAUAACAUAGCAAAACACUGAAAAAAACAACUCCACGUAAGAAUCAAUAAUCCUAACUAUUCAAAGCGUAGAAAUACAUACAGCAAGCAACUAGCGAGAAGAUCAAACAAAUAAAAAAAAACAAUCUUUAAUGCUACUUAGUCCCGAUUUCGAAAUAGUGCAAACUUACACAUUAACUCAAAACAAAACACACAAAAAAAUACCCGCAGAACAAAAAAGAUAACAUGCAAUUGUGAGAAUCGAAUCAAAACCAAAACCGAAUAAAAAAAAAACAAACAAAUGUAACUAAUUGCAAUAGAGACGUUCCACAAAGCGCAGAGCAAAACCAAAACCG